ACAGACUUACUGAAAAAAAAUCCUUUUUACUUUGUUUUGACAUAAAAAAAUUGUUUACGUAAAUAUAUUAAAAACGAAAAACAUACAUUAGUGCAUAAAUUAUUGCAAUAUAAUUUCUAGAAAAAUUUAUGCAAUCAAUAUCACAACGAUGUCGGAAACCUAUGAGUAUUUGUUUAAAUUCUUGGUCAUUGGAAGUGCUGGUACGGGUAAAUCAAGCCUUCUUAACAAUUUUAUUGGAAAUAAAUUCAAAGAAGAUAGAUGCCAUACCAUUGGUGUUGAAUUCGGUUCUAAAAUUGUCAAUAUAGGUGGCAAAUCUACUAAGUUACAAAUAUGGGACACAGCUGGGCAAGAGAGGUUCCGUUCUGUGACUCGUUCUUACUACAGGGGUGCAGCAGGUGCACUUCUUGUUUAUGAUAUUACAUCACGUGAUUCUUUUAAUGCAUUAGCUAAUUGGUUGAGAGAUGCCCGAACACUUGCUAGUCCCAAUAUCGUAAUUUUACUUGUUGGGAAUAAAAAGGAUUUGGAAGAAUCUAGAGAAGUCACUUUUACAGAAGCUAGUCAGUUUGCUCAAGAAAAUGAGCUCAUGUUCUUAGAAACAAGUGCUAAGACAGGUGAGAAUGUUGAAGAGGCAUUUUUAAAGUGUUCCAAAACUAUCCUGGCCAAGAUAGAGACUGGAGAAUUAGACCCAGAGAGAAUAGGAUCUGGUAUUCAAUAUGGAACAAGUACAUCGAAACGACUGAGUGUACCUAAAAAACCUGCGAAACCACCAUCGGAAUGUGCCUGCCGUGUUUAAGCAGAGUGUAUUUAAGACAUAAAUGGCUCUUAAGUGGCGUUAAUCAAUUGGUUAUCAAAAGUUUUUUAAAUCAUCCAAAACUAUAAUUAAUUUUAUGAAUAUUUGAAUCUCUUAGUAAGUAAAUAGAAGUUGAAAUUCGAUCACGAAUUUACUCCUGAUUUGCAGUGGUUUAUAUUUAUACCAUUAACUCAGUUAUCAUUCUCGAAUUUGCUCGAUUCUUUUCUGAUUCGAUAGGAGUCUUUAUGGACAUGUCAUACAGCUGUGUCGCGGGCACAUCAUUUAUUGUCCACUUUUUGAGCCUCUUUAUUUUGGAUCCUCUAUGCUCUCUAUGAUGAUAAUCUUUGAAUAUUCCAGGGAUGUAUAUAUACGCUGUACUAAUUUGUGUUAUAAUGACUGUUGAAGUUUAUAAUAUAUAGAAAAUAAUAAGAGAAUUCACAUUGAAUUAUUUUAAAUCUAAUUAAUUAAACAUACUCGAAGGAUAAAAUUUUAGUUUAGUAAUAAGUGUGACAUUUAUUAUCAUUGACAUUUUAAUAAUUGACCAUUUUUAAUAAUGAGUUUUUAUAGGCAUAUUUUAAUUUAAAUACAAUAACUAAUAUUUACAUAUCGUUUGACGUAAAGAAACGUAAUUAACAUACGACAAUUAUGUUUCUACACAUAGUGCAAAGGAACGAAAAGGAUUAUAAUGGCAUACAUUAUUAUCCUUUCCGUUCCUUUGCGCCUUUUUGGUCGGAAUUUUAAAAACGGAGUAAGAGCAAUAUAAACAAUUGCAUAUUCAUUUUUUAGUAAUAUUUUGUAAAAAUAAAAACUACCAACUGACCUCAUAUGGUUACUUAGAGUUCAGGGUGUAAGCAAAUUGAUAGCGCCACUUACCUUUCCAUCACGCCUUUGCAAUGUCUUAUAAUUGUAUUAAUUAACUCUUGGAUGUGAUUUACUUUAUGAUUCUCAUAGUGUUUUAGAUAACCUUAAUAUUAUAUACUUAUUAUAAUAAGUACACUUCACUGAAAACAGUUCUGAGAAAUUUAUUUUUUGUAUAAUGAUUGUUACGAGUUACGAGGCUUUUCGAAUUUAUAAUUUAAGUUAUAAGUAUUUACACGGCCUGAUAAAAAUGGAUAUAUUGCUCUGUUAUUAAAUACCAUAUUGUAUCAAUACAUAUAAUGAAAUCGUAACUAGUCGCUGUCUGUACAUGGAAGAUAUAUAAGAAAAACUAUUAUGGCUAACUUAUAGGGCUCUAUGAAUGCAAUAGAAUCCAAAACAAUGAUUUUUAGAAUUUUGUCUGUUUGUCUGUACAUUUCAUAAACAACCGAUUUGAAUGCAGUACCACUAAUGCAUUGUGGUUUGCUCCACUUAACUUAGUGUUUGUGUUAUUUCAAUUGGUUCAUAAACAAAAAAGUUAUAUCAAUCUAAAGAAUCACAAAUAAAAUGCUAUAAAUUAACCGAUCGGUUGAAUUGGCUGAAACUUUUUUUUAUUAUAUGUAUUGAUUUUAGAAAAUUCUGUCUACUCAUGCGAAGCCGGGUCGGAUCGCUAGUAACAUAAAAUACGGCACGAAUAAAAAUGUAAUAAUAUUAAAAAAUGUUUUAAACUUAAUGUGAGCGUGAAUAAGGCUGGUGUUAUUUUUUUUUUAAUAUAUGUGUACAUUAAUCACGUAAUAUGUUUUUUGUAAUUUACUUGUAUAAUGCAUACAGCAACAAUAUCGUGUUAUUGAAUACAGAGAUUAACUGUUCAUAUUCAUAUAAUGUAAGAUCUAGCUAUUUAUCCAUUAAAAAAUAAUAAAUUCUA